GAAGAAGCAAGGGUGCAAGUAGUCAAGGAGGUGGCGAGAGUCACAAACACACAGCUUUUGCGCGUUUCUCCGGAAGUUAAGUCGGAGGCUGCAUCAUUCGCAGUUGAGCGACUGACGAAACUACGAGCUGUCGAGAAGGCAGCAGCGAAGAAGGCGUCAGGCGGAGAUGGGUCGUCGGGGGAAGAUGAGGAUGAGCUAACAUGCGCACCAUGGGAAGAGGAUAAUGGGGAGCGAAGUGAGUCAGAGACGUCUGAUGAUGCGGAAGAAUCUCAGAGCAGCGAUGGAGAUGGUGAUGGUCUCUAAGACAAGCAACUGUGACUGUGACGGUGUGGCCGAGGCUGCAUCGGACACGGUGGUGACCUCAUGGUGCUGGUGUUGUUCGUCCUUGAGGCAAAAUCAGACUGGGAUCGUGGGUCUGGGUGUGCUUUUCUUAUGCUUGGAUAUUUGUGGUUCUUGUUCUUCUGACCCUGAGGACGAGGAGACCACGACGGCGACGGUCAAUCUACUGGUGCUAUUAGUUCUCAUCGUGUGAUAAGGAGUACGCCCUCAAGAAGCAACACAGCAUCUACUUUCAGUUUCAUACUCAUCUUAUGGCUCGUCUUUGAUCGACGAUAACGAUAACGAAAUCGAGUUCGAAACUGAUAGUGAAAGCGACAAAGCAAACGCUGUAGACGAAGGCAUAGGGCCAGGCUGUUGCUUUUGUUAUCACAAGUAGUUACUUGUUGUUGUUACCUGUCGCUGUCCCUCAUAGGGAUAGGGAUAGGUUAGCCCUAUAUAAGUAUCCAGAUUUCCGUAGUCCAAUCCCUUGAGACACAGACAGAGACAGCGGCUUUGUUUGAUGCGGUGUCUGUGCUAUGGCUAUGGGAAGGGAGGUUCAGAAGGGGCGCGGUUUUUCAAGGAGAAAAAUCCGAACAGGUCGCAAUGUCAGUCAUAGCUUCUCUCUCAUUAUAAUAAGGACGUCAGGCUAGGCCUUCGUCUUGCAGUCGUGCUAGUAAUUGCUCGCUUAUCAGUUUGAGCGUUAAGAGCCCUUGCCCCUUCCCCAGGCCCAACACAUCCAUAGCAUGAAUCUACUAUCCAUCUCCAUCUCUAAUCCUCUAUAUUGUCGUGUGGAGCCGUCCGAGGAGGAAGAGGAAGGCCGAAGCUGUUGCUGCUGUUGUUGCCCUAGGAGGUGGCAAAUAUCAACGUCCUGCUAACACCAGCUUCGUCGCGAUUUUUCUUUCGAAUAAUAGAAACUCCAGUGGGAGUGGCGUCCUCACUUGCAGUAGAGGCUAUGCAGCAAGUCUAGUCUCGAAGUAGCCUGUAGUUGUUGCUGUAACUAUUGUAGCUGUUCUUGUUGAGUUGUUCUUGUUUUAGGAGUAGACUUGCUAUACUGUAGAAAAGCGUGAAGCCGUAUAUUUCUAAUGUUUCCCUCCAGAGCUUGAGCUUUUAUUUUCGAUUUCGAGUAAACGAAGUAGCAGUUUGAUCUUGAUGCCGUAGUAUUCUUAUUUGUUUCCAUCUUCUUAAUUUGAAUUCCAAAUCCAAUCAAGUUCAAGUCUUUGUCUGAAGUGCUUUGAGUAUGAGUUUGCGUUUGAGUUCGUUUCUG